UACACCACUGUCAAACUUCUCAACAUUUUCAUUUUCCACCUAAAAAUGAAAAACAUCCACCGUCACCGUCACCGUCACCGUCACCUCCGCCCAUCUCCGACCACCACCACAUCUCCGUCACACCCCACCACCGACACCCACCACUCCACCACCGACACCAACCUAAUCUCCACUCUCACCACCAUAAUCAAAACCAACCAAAAUUAUAACGAAACAUCAUCAUAUUUCAACAACAACAACCUUAAACCGCACCACAUAGAACAGGUACUUAUUAACACCUUAAAAUUUCCAAAAUCAUCUUUACGUUUUUUUAAUUUUUUAGGCUUACAUAAAAACUUUAAUCAUUCGACGAUGUCGUUUUGCAUUUUAAUACAUUCUUUAGCUCAGUCUAAUUACUUAUGGCCUGCAAUUUCCUUAAUCCAAACUUUAUUGUUUCGAACACCCGGGUCGAAAAAUGUCGAAAUUAUGUUUGAAUGUUAUUAUAAUUGUUAUAAAGAUUUGAACUUUAGUACUAGUUUAGGGUUUGAUUUGCUAGUUAAUGUGUUUAUUCAAAGUAAACGAAUCUUGGACUCGUUUACGGUUUUGUGUUUGAUGAAACAUAAGGGGUUGAGGGUCGAGAUUAGGACGAUUAGCGAUGUGUUUAACGGAUUGGUUAGGAUUCGUCGGUUUGAUUUGGUUUUGAGGUAUUUUGAUGAGAUGAGGGAAGAUGGUAUUGAGGGGAAUGUGUAUAUAUAUAGUACUGUGAUUCGGUGUUUGUGUGAGGUUAAGGAUUUUGAUAGGGCGAUGGAGAUGGGGAGACGGUUGGAAAAUGAAGGGAAUAUUGUUGUGUAUAAUGUGUUGAUUCACGGGCUAUGUAAAGGGCAACGGAUGGACGAGGCGAUGGAGGUGAAGGACGGGUUGCGGUUGAAGGGUUUGAAAGCGGAUGUUGUGACUUAUUGUAGUUUAGUUAUGGGGUUUAGUAAGUUGCGGCGGUUUGAGAGUGCUCGGGUUUUAGUUAGGGAAAUGGUAGAGGCGGGAUUUGUUCCAAGUGAGGCGGUUGUUUCGGGUAUGGUUGAUGGGUUGAGAAAAAACGGGGAUGUUAUUGGUGCGUAUCAUUUUUUGAAUGAUUUGGAGAGUGUUGGAGGGGUGCCGAGUUUGUUUGUUUAUAAUGCGUUGAUUAACGGGUUGUGUAGAGAGGGGCAUGUGCUUGAAGCGGAAAAGCUUUUUAGAAAUAUGGGUGUGAAAGGUUUAGCCCCGAAUGAUGUUAGUUACUCGAUUAUUAUCGAUUCGUUGUGCAAAAGAGGGAAUCUUGAUAGUGCACGUGCUCUUCUUGAAGAAAUGAAUAAUGCAGGUAUACGAAUGUCUGUUUAUCCGUAUAAUUCUUUAAUAUUUGGAGCUUGUAGGUUAGGAAAACUACAUAUUGCGGAAUCAUUUUUUGACGAUAUGGUUUGUCAAGGUUUAAAUCCGACUGUUGCGACAUAUACGUCUUUGAUAGACGGCUGUUGUAAACAAAAAGAUGUGCCCAAGGCGUUGAGGCUGUAUCAUGAGAUGACGAGAAAAGGGGUUUUUCCAAACACGUAUACAUUUACUGCACUGAUUUCUGGUCUCUGUCGUGCAAAAAGGAUGGAAGAAGCACGUGCUUUGUUUCAUGAAAUGGUGGAAAGAAAUAUCAUGCCAAAUGAGAUAACGUAUAAUGUGAUGAUUGAGGGGUAUUGUCAAGAAGGAAAUACGAUAAAGGCAUUUGAACUGUUUGAUGAUAUGGUGAACAGGGGUCUUAAACCAGAUACGUAUACCUUUAGAUCGUUAAUAAGUGGUCUUUGUUUGAUAAAUAAGGUUUCUGAAGCUAAAGAAUUCGUAAAUAGCCUUAAGAAGCAGCAUCACAAGCUAAAUGAAAUGUGUUAUAGUGCUCUCUUGCAAGGGUACUGCCAGAACGGAUGUCUCGAUGAUGCAAUUAAUGCUUGCAACGAGAUGGUGGAAAAUGGGAUCAAAAUGGACCUCGUUUCUUAUUCUGUGCUUAUAAAUGGAUCCGCUAAACAUGGUGAUGUAGCUAAGUUACUAUACUUUUUGAAAGAAAUGCAUGAUCGGGCAAUGAAGCCUGAUAAUGUUUUAUAUACUAGCUUAAUUGACGCUUUUGGCAAAGCAGGAGAUCUUCGAAAAGCGCUUGGGUAUUGGGUUAUAAUGAUUGGUGAAGGAUGCAACCCUAAUGUUGUGACAUACACCGUAAUUAUAGAUUGUUUAUGUAAAUUAGGAUAUGUUGAUGAUGCCGAAAUUUUAUUCAAGGAGAUGCUAGUUAAUGGCAUAAUUCCGAAUCAUGUUACAUAUGGGUGCUUCCUUGACUGCCUUACUAACGAAGGGCAUAUGCAAAAAGCAGUAGUCCUUCACAAUGUAAUGCUUGAAGGGUCUCUAGCAAAUACUGUUACGUACAAUAUAUUGAUCAGGGGUUUCUGUAAAGUAGGUAGACUUCAAGAAGCUACUGAGGCUUUGGUAGAGAUGUAUAAUAGUGGCAUAUUACCUGACCAUGUAAGUUACUCAACCAUUAUUUAUGAAUAUUGUAGAAUCGGUGAUAUACAAAAAGCAAUUAAACUAUGGGGCUCCAUGAUCGAUAAGGGUUUGAAACCAGAUAUAGUGGCAUAUAAUAUUAUAAUACGGGGUUGUUGUGUGGCUGGAGAAUUGACCAAAGCAAUUGAAUUCCGUGAUGACAUGAUAACAAGAGGGUUGAAGGCAGAUCAAACUAUACUACAGCUAUGAUGCCUAUUUUAGCCUUUGUUUUCAUGAAAUGAUCAAUCUUCACUUCUUCUGGUGGUCAUGUGUCACCAACGAGAGUUACUUAUCAUGCAACCAGUGGGUGCUUGUCAUGCUAGAUUAGCAUGGUUGAAGCUGGUGGGAAUCAAACCUGGGAUGUAUUUUGGAGAAUCCCAAGUGUUCACUGCUUGGCAUGGGCAGUCAUAACAUUCCUCGAUGCAUUUUUGAGGCUCUAACUCAUUUUAGAAGAAGAGAAUACAAACUUCGUUAAUCUUCUUUGACAUAAGUGUUCUGGGGGGCAAGUUGAGUUUAUCAAAUAACCAAAACUAUCAGACUUGUGAGGGGAAUUACAACUAAAAAGAGCUAGUUUCCUUGCCGAUUGCCUGGUUCAGGUUAGGGGGCAAAUGUGAUGGAAAAUUAAUAGUGAUAGUGGUUUUGUGAGAGUCCUGAUUUCCAGGCAUGUGUGUGAUUUAGGAGUACAAUAGAAUAGAAUGUCGUUCAGAAAAAAGAAGAAGAUGCUUAUGUUAUAGAAUCAGAAAGACUACAAUGGUGCAGAUUCGAAGCCUUAGCUGUAUGUCACUAUGUCUUGAAUGGUGCUAGUAGAUACUCGCUUCAAACUGCACUGACAGUUUCAUCUCAUCUGCUCCAAAUGCUGCACAAGUCUGUUUGAUUAUCGCAUAGUCUAAACAUGGAGAAGAAAUGACAUCAGGGAGACAGAGAUGACGCCACUUGGCCCUUCCGACGAUGUAUAACAGGGAAUAAAUCUGGAUCGUGCUUGUUUUCAAAAAUUUUGGAUCGACAGUGUGGUCUUGUGCCCCGUAUGGGAUAAAUGCUUUUAUAUUAGAAACUUAUUAGAUAACUUUUGUUUACGCAGUUCGCAAUAGGACACUAUUUUAAAGCGCCAUCUUUGACAUGCCAAUUUCUAUCAUUAUUAUGUAGUUAGUCUUCUGUUCGAACCCAUCUGUCACUCUUCUUAAAAUUUUGAUUAUUAAAUAGAAUUUGGUUGA